CAUCUAGAAUAAACAGCAAAUAGUAUUUAAGUCGGGGAUCAAACGACAGAUAGAAUAAACAGCAAACAGAAUCAAGUCAGACAAGUUUCGUUUUUAAAAAUGGCUGCCGAAGGUAGAUUACCAAGUUUCGUUUUCAAAAAUGGCUGCCGAUGUUAGAUUACGGGUAAAGCAUUGAAGAAAAACAUACCGUACUGCAAAUUCACAUACUCAUGAGUGCGUCAUGUCUGACAUACCUGAAGAAAGGACAUAUUACCUUCGAAUUAUUUUGAUGUGUAUGGACCUCACUAAAGAGACAAUUCUUAAGGUGUUCAGAUAUUUGAUAAAAAGUGAUGAUAUUGUAAACUUUUUAGCAUCGGUGGAUACAAUUAGCAAACUACAGGACUUAUUUAAGAAGAAAAUUCUGAACAGGACUGAAUAUAAUCUAGUUUACUACCGUCCCAAUCUAGAGAAGUUUGAUAUUGCACUAUUAAUUAGACUGAUAUUUGGAUUGUGCAAAAAUGAAAUAGCUAAACCACAACUUGGCUGGACAACAAAACUUCAUCCUAAAGAUGAAUCUCUUGGUGCUGAUCUCAUUCGUUUGAGAGAUGUAAGGAAUAAGCUAAUUGGUCAUCGAGCAGAUGCGAAGCUCUCUAAGGCUGAGUAUGAAAAAAUAAGAGAUAAAGUGCAAGCUAUUUUAAUCAGGGUGAUCGAAAAUGUUGAUCCCAGUUCUAAGGAAGACGUGGAGAGGAGAAUUGAUGAGUACACAAAAUUGGUUGUAGAUACAGAGAAUACAAGAGUAAAGAGGUACCUGGAUCAACUUCUUGAAUGCAAAAAUGAAUAUGACAAAUUACAGGAUAAGGCUGAAGAAGAGAGCAAGAGAUCUCGAGAAUUUCAAGUGUAUUUUAAAACAACACCAGAGCGAUAUGUACGUUAUAUAAAACUUCUGUUUGAUGGUGGACGCCUUGUUUUGUGUGGGAUACUCGAGAGAGAAUUAGACAAUCAUGGCAACAGUCUGGUUUCCCUGAUUUCUAACAACCGUGAAAUACUAGAAUCAAUGGUUGAUAAACAGUAUAAAAGUCAUCUUUUCCCAUUAGAGCCUGGCAGAAUGGAUCAUACAAAAUGGGAUGUCGAUCUUCUUGCAUCGUUGAUUUUGCUCGUAUUUCCAAAUAUAAGUUUAGAUGAAAGUAGCAAAAUUGAGCUAAUAAAAGCUUCAAGACUUUGUUAUGCUGAUAACGCAUUACGCUCUCUGGAUGCAGAUGAUUUUCUGUCAGUUUUGACAGAUCUGAUAAGUAGUUUAAACUUUCUUUCAAUGAACAUUGCCGAAGAAAAGAAACUUGAAGUUUGGAGUCUCAUUGAACGCUACAAGAAGAAAAACGACGACGGUGAUGCGGAUGAGUAUUUAGAUCAACUGAGGAAAUCUGGCUUGCUUGUGAAGACGCUGAAAGACAUACACCAAGAAACUGUUGUCAGACUGAAGCAGUUACUGAGAACAUUUGACGAAACAGGGAUAAAUUUCAAGGCAGAACAUGUUUUAGAGCUAAAAAUAUUGACAACUUGUCAGAACGAGGAAACAAAAAAGAAUGCAGAAGAUUUCCUUGAAAGAAAUCUCCAAGCCUCCCUUCAUGAGUCAGAUGUUCCGACCAAUUGGAUAAGGACAGAAACAGACAAGCUUGUUGCUAGUAUUACCACACAUCCAGAUGUGAAACCAGCUGGAGUUAAACGAAGCUGCAUUCUACUGUCAUUCGAAAGCUCUUCGCCUUCUGCAUUGAUACACAUUUUAGACUACUUUGACAGUCAGCACUUUCAAGCGCGGCUUCGUAACAUUUCAAACGAGCUGCAUUAUUUAAACGAAGAUGCUUUUCUUUUGCAAGGACAUGUCACACUUGAAAGUCUUUCUAGAGUUACACAAUAUUUCGAUAACACUGAAGAUGAACCUUACAAAGGACUAAGUAUCCCACUGAAAUGCUCCUCUGUUGGUGGAAUGAGAUAUGUAUUAGACACACUGAAAAAGGAAAAGACCACCAAUAGACUCAAUGUCAUUGCCGAAAAGAUAUCAGUGAAACUACAGGAAAAAGUAUCGAUCAAUAUUACCCCUGAUUCAUUGGAAUUUAGAGACGUGAUUGACAAAACAGGUAAUGUUAUUACCAAUUACAAUUAUUUCUUGCACACCAGACUGGCGUUUCUCGAGAUUGUACCUAUGCCGGCAAAAUCCAUUUGA